AUGACAGCCUCUGCGCCCGAAACAAUGCGGAAACGCGUGCCGCUGUACCUCAGGGUCUCGAUGCUGAUCGCCGUCGGCGGCAUGCUGUUCGGGCUCGACACAGGCACCAUCGGCCCCGUGACGGCCAUGUCGUCGUUCGAGGCCUCCUUCGGCUCCUUCUCGCCCACCGUGCACGGCGUCAUCGUCUCCUCCAUCCUGAUCCCCGCCGCACUGUCCUCCCUGAUCACGGGCAACGUAGCGGACCUGUACGGACGCCCGCGCACCAUCAUGUUCGGCGCCUUCGUCUUCGGCAUCGGCGCCGCCAUCGAGGCCGCCUCCAACAACCUGGGCGCCUUCAUCGCCGGCCGCGUCAUCACCGGCGUCGGCGAGGGCUUCUUCCUGAGCGUGCUGGUCGUGUACGUGUGCGAGAUCUCGCCCGCCCGCCGCCGGGGCCCGCUGGCCUCGCUGCCGCAGUUCGGCACCACCAUCGGCAUCGCCGCCGGCUACUUCAUCUCCUACGCCACCUCGCGCAUCCAGUCGUCGGCCUCGUGGCGCGUGCCGCUCGCCUUCCAGUCCUUCAUGGCCCUGUCGUUUUCCGUCUUCUGCACCCUGAUCCCGCCCUCGCCGCGCUGGCUGCUGCAAAAGGGCCGCGCCAAGGAGGCCGCCCAGGUGCUCGCCCGGCUCGGUGUGCCCGCCUCCGAGAUGGAGGAGAGCUUGCGGACCGGCGGUGGUGACGAUGAAGAGCCUCAGGGGGAGGGUGCCGAUGACCGCCAGCCGACUCUCCGCGAGAACAUCCGCGCCUCCUUCAGCGAGAUCUCCAAGGCCUUUGCGCCCGGCGUUCGCAAGCGGACUUUCCUGGGCUGCUUCAUGAUGGGCAUGCAGCAGUUCAGCGGCAUUGACGGCGUGCUGUACUACGCUCCGCUGCUCUUCACCCAGGCGGGGCUGUCGUCCGAGCAGGCCAGCUUCCUUGCAUCCGGUGUUUCCGCCCUGGUCAUCUUCGGGACGACGAUUCCAGCCACCUUCUUCUCCGACCACUGGGGCAGGCGGCCGUCCACCAUCUACGGCGGGUUGUGUCUGGCGGGCACCAUGGUGCUGAUCGGGUCCCUAUACGCGUCGAACAGCGUCCAUACCGACCACGGUGCGGCGCGGUGGGUGGUGAUUGUGGCCAUCUACGCCUUCGCCGUCAUCUUCAGCGGGUCGUGGGCCAUUGCCUUCAAGGUGUACGCCAGCGAGAUCCAGCCGCCGCAGACUCGGGCCAGCGCUUCGAGCCUGGCGCAGAGCUCCAAUUGGUUCGCGAAUUUCGUCGUCGCCCUCACGACGCCCGUCUUCCUGGCGCGCUCGUCGUACGGAGUGUACUUUUUCUUCGGCGCGUGCUCGCUCUUCACCUCGGCCGUCUGCUUCGUGGCCAUGCCGGAAACGCGCGGACGCACGCUCGAGACGAUUGACGCAUCCUUCGACCACCACUCGUGGCGCAUGAAGAAGAAGGAGGAGAGCCCGGCUGUCGGCAGCGAGACGAACUCGGUCGUGAUGCAAACCGUCACUCCGAAACAGGGAGACAGCGCCCUGCCAAGCGCCAACACGGUAGUCGGCUAG